GGUCGCCACUUCCGGGUCACUGAGAGAGUGCGGGAUUCCGGGGCGAGAGCGGGUGGCGGAGCUGAGACUUCGCGUGAUUCUCAGAGCCCGUGGCGAAGCGGUGUCCGGGGCUAUGGCUGUAACUCUGGACAAAGACGCAUACUAUCGGCGUGUUAAGAGACUGUACUGUAAUUGGCGGAAAGGAGAAGAUGAAUAUGCCAACAUUGAUGCCAUUGUUGUUUCAGUUGGUGUUGAUGAAGAAAUUGUUUAUGCCAAAUCAACGGCCUUACAGACAUGGCUAUUUGGUUAUGAACUGACUGAUACAAUCAUGGUCUUCUGUGAUGACAAAAUCAUCUUUAUGGCCAGCAAGAAAAAAGUGGAGUUUUUGAAACAGAUUGCCAAUACCAAGGGCAAUGAGAAUGCUAAUGGUGCCCCUGCCAUAACACUGCUCAUAAGAGAAAAGAAUGAAAGUAAUAAGAGCAGCUUUGACAAAAUGAUUGAAGCCAUUAAAGAAAGCAAAAAUGGCAAGAAGAUUGGAGUGUUCAGCAAAGACAAAUUCCCUGGAGAGUUCAUGAAGAGCUGGAAUGACUGCCUCAACAAAGAGGGCUUUGACAAAAUAGAUAUCAGUGCAGUUGUGGCAUAUACCACUGCUGUAAAGGAAGAUGGUGAGCUCAACCUGAUGAAGAAAGCAGCCAGCAUCACUUCUGAGGUCUUCAACAAAUUCUUCAAGGAAAGAGUCAUGGAAAUAGUUGAUGCAGAUGAGAAAGUUCGGCAUAGCAAAUUGGCUGAGUCUGUAGAAAAGGCCAUUGAAGAGAAAAAGUACCUAGCUGGGGCAGACCCUUCCACUGUGGAAAUGUGUUAUCCUCCUAUCAUUCAGAGUGGUGGCAACUAUAAUCUAAAAUUCAGUGUCGUGAGUGACAAGAAUCAUAUGCAUUUUGGGGCCAUCACUUGUGCUAUGGGUAUUCGCUUCAAAUCCUACUGCUCCAACCUUGUUCGCACCUUAAUGGUUGACCCAUCUCAGGAAGUUCAAGACAAUUACAACUUUUUGCUCCAACUUCAAGAGGAGUUGCUAAAGGAAUUAAGACAUGGUGUGAAGAUAUGUGAUGUAUAUAAUGCUAUCAUGGAUGUCAUUAAAAAGCAGAAGCCAGAACUACUGAACAAAAUUACGAAAAACUUAGGAUUUGGGAUGGGCAUUGAAUUCCGUGAAGGCUCUCUAGUAAUCAACAGUAAAAACCAGUACAAGCUAAAGAAAGGGAUGGUUUUCAGCAUCAAUCUGGGAUUUUCAGAUCUAACUAACAAGGAAGGAAAAAAAACAGAAGAGAAAACUUACGCUCUAUUCAUUGGUGACACAGUACUUGUGGAUGAGGAUGGCCCAGCCACUGUGCUUACUUCUGUGAAGAAGAAAGUAAAGAAUGUGGGGAUUUUUCUGAAGAAUGAAGAUGAAGAAGAGGAGGAAGAAGAGAAAGAUGAGGCAGAAGAUCUUUUAGGACGAGGUUCUCGGGCAGCAUUACUUACAGAAAGAACACGAAAUGAGAUGACUGCAGAAGAGAAGCGAAGAGCACAUCAGAAAGAACUGGCAGCUCAACUCAAUGAAGAAGCAAAGAGGCGACUGACUGAACAGAAGGGAGAACAGCAAAUUCAGAAAGCUCGCAAAUCCAAUGUUUCCUAUAAAAACCCAUCUCUGAUGCCUAAGGAACCACAUAUUCGGGAGAUGAAGAUCUAUAUUGAUAAGAAGUAUGAGACUGUAAUAAUGCCAGUGUUUGGCAUUGCAACACCUUUUCACAUUGCCACAAUCAAGAAUAUAAGUAUGUCUGUGGAAGGAGAUUACACUUACUUGCGAAUCAACUUCUAUUGUCCGGGCAGUGCUCUGGGCAGGAAUGAAGGCAACAUAUUUCCUAACCCUGAAGCCACUUUUGUCAAGGAAAUCACAUACCGUGCUUCCAACAUGAAGGCACCUGGAGAACAGACAGUACCAGCCCUAAAUCUUCAGAAUGCUUUCCGAAUUAUAAAAGAAGUACAGAAACGUUACAAGACCCGAGAAGCAGAAGAGAAAGAAAAGGAGGGCAUUGUGAAACAAGACUCACUUGUAAUCAAUCUAAACCGAAGUAAUCCCAAACUGAAAGAUCUGUACAUUCGUCCAAACAUUGCCCAAAAGAGGAUGCAAGGCUCAUUGGAGGCCCAUGUCAAUGGUUUCCGUUUCACAUCUGUCCGUGGAGACAAGGUGGAUAUUCUGUACAAUAACAUCAAGCACGCUCUGUUCCAACCCUGUGAUGGAGAGAUGAUCAUUGUCCUGCAUUUUCACCUCAAGAAUGCAAUCAUGUUUGGGAAGAAGCGACACACAGAUGUUCAAUUCUACACAGAAGUAGGAGAAAUCACUACAGACUUGGGAAAACAUCAGCACAUGCAUGACCGAGAUGACCUUUAUGCUGAGCAGAUGGAACGAGAAAUGAGACACAAACUGAAAACAGCCUUUAAAAAUUUUAUUGAAAAAGUAGAGGCUCUAACAAAGGAGGAACUUGAAUUUGAAGUACCUUUUCGGGACUUAGGAUUUAAUGGAGCUCCCUAUAGGAGUACCUGCCUCCUUCAGCCCACUAGUAGUGCACUGGUAAAUGCUACAGAAUGGCCACCUUUUGUUGUGACAUUGGAUGAAGUGGAGCUGAUCCAUUUUGAGAGGGUCCAGUUUCACCUGAAGAACUUUGAUAUGGUAAUUGUCUACAAGGAUUACAGCAAGAAAGUUACCAUGAUUAAUGCCAUUCCUGUAGCCUCUCUUGACCCCAUCAAGGAAUGGUUGAAUUCCUGUGACCUAAAGUACACAGAAGGCGUACAGUCCCUAAACUGGACUAAGAUCAUGAAGACCAUUGUUGAUGACCCAGAGGGCUUCUUUGAGCAAGGUGGCUGGUCUUUCCUGGAACCUGAGGGUGAGGGAAGUGAUGCUGAGGAAGGGGAUUCAGAAUCUGAAAUCGAAGAUGAGACUUUCAACCCUUCAGAGGAUGACUAUGAAGAGGAGGAGGAAGACAGUGAUGAAGAUUAUUCAUCAGAAGCAGAAGAAUCAGACUAUUCCAAGGAGUCUCUGGGCAGUGAAGAAGAGAGUGGGAAAGACUGGGAUGAGCUGGAGGAAGAAGCCCGAAAAGCGGACCGUGAAAGUCGUUAUGAGGAAGAAGAAGAACAAAGUCGAAGUAUGAGCCGGAAGAGAAAGGCAUCUGUACACAGUUCAGGACGUGGCUCUAACCGUGGUUCCCGACAUAGCUCUGCACCCCCUAAGAAAAAGAGGAAGUAGCAUUUGAACUUUGUUCCUGAGCCUCCAUUCUUCCUCCAGACAACUCCUAAAAAAUUUACCAUGACAUAGAAA